AUGGCGGCCAGCAGCGCGCCCGUGCGCCAGCUGCGCCGCGGGCCCGCACCGAUCGCCUCCUUCGACCACGACGUCUCUGACGAGUCUAGCCCGGAGACGAAGCAAACAUUUCGUUUACCAGAGAUCCGCGAGGACCCAGCUAACGCAGCCCGCAGCCCCGGCUCGGCGCUGGGUCUGCCGGAGCAGCGCGCGCGCUCGCUGUCGACGCCGGCCGUGAGCUCGGGGCUGCACACGCCGGCCGCGCCGCGCAUCGACAUCUCGCGCGCGUCCAGCUCCAGCCACCACGACUCGCGCGACAGCUCCCCGGAGCUGGCGCUGUUCGCUGGCACUGGCAGCGAGGACACCCGGGGCCGCCUCGAACUUGGCUUCCGCGAGGACGGCGCGCUAGAGCUGCGCUCGUCCACCGAAGAGCUGGCUUUUCUAGAAGGCGCGCCUGGCGAGCCUCGCCCCGCCGCGCCGCCACAGCCUACUUCGCGUCGCCACUCACGCAAAGACAGUCAAGGAUCGGAAGCGGCCCUUCUGGCCGUGUCUGGUCGUACCAGUCGGCUGUCAAGUGUUGGAUCGCAGUGUUCGGCGCACUCGGCACUGUCCGCCUUCAGUCAUCAAAGUCGCCACUCAGUAGGCCGACUCUCGGUUGUUUCGGGAAUUUCAAGGUCUCCCUCACCGCACAGGAUGUUACUGGAAACUUCGUUUUGUGGACCCAAACCUAUAGAGACCGAUCCAGAGAUCUGCGCAGCUGCUGUAGAGGAACGCCUGUUGGAGAUUGCGAAGAUGACCGCGGCUUCACCACCAGGCGCAGCGCCGCAGGCAAUAGACGCACGCGAUCGACGUGAAGUACGCACAGAAGCUACAGUGGAGCGACCCGCCGCCCGUGCCCCGCCACCCUCCCCGCUACCCGCGCCCCCGCCAGCCACCAGCCAGAUGACUGCAGAGUCAGCUACAGUAGUAUCAGUAGAACCCGUCCCAGCAAUAAUUACACCGGUUACAAGUUCUGGUAUAAUGUCUAUUCCAGCACCUGCUUUAACUUCUGCGCCAGAUGAUGAUAAGCUUCAAAAGGAAUCACAGAAUCGUGCGAAAGCCCAAGAAAGACGUGCACGACCUCGAGUGCGGCGUGAACCGUCGGAACCCGAGGUUUACAAGAGCGCAAACCGUUCGAAGGACAUCAUCCGCAUAAAACUGAAGCCUGACGACGACUACGAGGAAGAAGACGAAGCAGCACUAGGAGCGACAGCAAUCGAAGCGGAGAUAAACGUAGAAGUGAGUCAGAAGCCUGCAAGCGUGGAAGUGGGGGCGCGUGGGGAGCGCGCCGUGCGGCCCACGGAGCUGGUGGGGCGCGCCUCGCAGCCUGCGCCCGCCUCGCCUCCGCCGGCCGCCCGGCGUCUGCCGCGCGACAGCCGCACUCCGUCUCCUGCUGGCGUUGCUGUCUCCCGAAAGUCUUCUUUUUGCUCACUGUUCAAAUCUCGAGAAACAAUCGCAUCGCCCGAUUCACCAUCAGACGCACUCCGACGCAAAAGAAGUUUAACAGAAGGUCGUUCCCGAAGUAAAAGCCGCGAUCGUUCUGCGACUCCAACGUCUGCCGGAAAGAUAAGAGGAUCAGUGUUAUCGCUAUUUCGCACACCGAGGAAGAGCGCCGCGUCUCCUUCGCCGAGUUCACGUGAAGGUUCUCCUAUAGUUCAGCCACAAAAACAGAUUGCAACAGUUGCACCACAGUUCACUGAACGUGUACGGCAAGGGGAUAAACUUAAGUACUACGAGGAUACAAAAGAUGGAAUCAUACACAUUCCAUUACGAACUCCACCCGACGAACGACCUAGCUCGAGUGGAGCGUGUCGUGACGCAGAGAGCAACAAGACCACAGCUGAGGUGGUGACGCACCGGGAACCGCCUCGCCCAGCUUCUGCUCCUCAGUCCAGGCCUGUUACUGACCGCGAGUUUACAACGCAAAUCCCUCACAAGCCCACACAACGAACUGUUCUUCCUGACGGCAGCAUUAUAAUACCUUUGCGUUCACCUACGGAGCGAACUCCAAAUGAACGUCUGCCAAGUCCACCAGUGGUAGAUACGACAUCAACGGAAACGGGUCGCUCUGUCGAAGAGGAAGCGCAAUCUGUCGCGCCAGUCGACCUCCCAGCUGCACCUACUGCUGCACCACUUCGGCAUUGUGAAGAUAGCGUGCCAAUUCCUUCCGCUGAAGUUGAAAGAUUUGAGGCCGCAUCGAAUACCGAAGAUGGCCGAAAACGACGCAAAGAACGGCUUGUGUUUACAACCCAUGUCGGCAGCCGGGAGAAAGUGUUUAGUACACAAUUCAGCAUAACGAAGACUCCCAGCGUGACAAGUGAAAUAUCAGGUUCCUUCCCAAGUUUCGUCGAUGGCGAAGAGAUGCGAUCAACAACAGCGCGCGAUAUCACAACGACUGCCGAGAGCAGCCCUGCCGAGAAGGAGGCGCGAUAUUCGGGCAACACCUCAGGGGCUGGCACCGCAGCGGCGCCCAGUCCGGCUUCGCCACAAGAGCCAGUACGAGACUCUUCCGAAUCCGAGCCCAGCUCGGAGUCUGCGCCUCCUCCGGCGGGCGACGAGGUGGAAAAGCGCGGGCUCGUAGUGCAGCAGUCGUUCGAAGAGGAGCUUCCCUACGUGCCCACCACGCUGCCGCAGGAGCGCUCCGUGGCAUUGCCCAUGGUACCGGUGCGCGAGCGCGGCGGGGUGCUGGUGUCGGGCGUGUCGCGGCCGCGUGCGGUCGGGCCGGGCGGGCCGGGCGGGCCGGGCGGGCCGGCCGCCCCCAGCGGCCCGCGGGUACCGCGGCCGGCCCCGCUGCCGGCGCCGCCGCCGCCAGCCGCGCAGGACAAGCUCCGUAUUCGUCUGCCGCGCCGCUCCGGUUCCACCGCGCCCCCUGCUCGCCCAGACCGUCCCAAUCGCUCGCGUACCCGUAGCGGUAGUGACAGUUACGACGCGCGUCCGAAAACUGAAUGGAUAGACUUCGAGGAAGUACCAGAGCGACGAAAGCAGCCCAAACGUAUCCAGACCCUCCCGGCGGCGGCGGCGGGCGACAGCGACGGCGCGCGAGGCGCGGGCGAGGCGGAGGGCGCGGGCGGCGCGGCCGUGGUGUUCAGCUACGUGGAACCCGAGCAGUGCCGCUGCGAGUGCCACGCGCAGGCCGCGCCGGCCGGGCCGGGCGGGCCCGCCGCGCCGCCCGCGCCCGCCGCGCGCCCCGACGACCUGCUGCCGCUGCUGCAGCCGUUGCGCGCCAGUUCGUCGUCGCUGGAGUGCGGCGAGGAGGAGGCCCUGCAGUCGCGGGUGCAGCUGGCGCCGUUCACGGGCGACCUGGACGUGCAGGGGGGGGCAGGCCCCGCGCCCCCCCCUGCCUGCCUGCACUGA